CACAGAGAUGUCCCUGAAGAUGUAUGGCCUGGGGCCCAGAAGCUACUUCCGGUCCUCAUUCAACUGCUUCGACUUUGGGGUCAUUGUGGGGAGCAUCUUUGAAGUGGUCUGGGCUGCCAUCAAGCCAGGAACCUCCUUCGGGAUCAGUGUGCUGCGGGCACUCCGGUUGCUGAGGAUCUUCAAAGUCACAAAGUACUGGAGCUCCCUGCGGAACCUGGUGGUGUCUCUGCUCAACUCCAUGAAGUCCAUCAUCAGCCUCCUCUUCCUGCUGUUCCUGUUCAUCGUGGUCUUCGCUCUGCUGGGCAUGCAGCUGUUCGGGGGACAGUUCAACUUUAAGGAUGAGACCCCGACAACGAACUUUGACACUUUCCCCGCGGCCAUUCUCACUGUCUUCCAGGGGUAGGGAGAAUGUGUGACCAAGAAGAAAACAACAUCAGGUCUGCUCAUG